ACACCGUCCGGCCACUAUCAACCAACCUGUUUUUAAACGACCUUCUUAACGUCAUUGCGCUGGAUCCAUCACGUAUCACUGUGUUUUUCUUUUUAAUUCCAAGGAACAUGAAUGCGAUGUGUGCAGUCAUUCUCUCAUCAGUCAAAGUUAGUGACUACUCAUUCCGAGAGCACUUUUUCCAGCUGAAACCCUGAGGGAUCAUCCUCCCUUGUACUCACUUUUAAGUUCUGGCCUAUCAAGGAACUGGCAGCGGCACGGCGACUCCGCCCCCACACCCUUAAAUGAGGGACAAGGCCACUCAGACCCCUAGGGCCUGGGUAGAUGAACGGAGGAGAGGCUCUCAUAAGCGAUCGGCUUCUUGCGGUAGCACGGAUCAGCUGAAAGAGAUAGCAAAAUUGCGGCAGCAGCUCCAGCGCAGCAAACGCAGCAGCCGUCAUCGCCGGGAGAAAGAUCGCAAGUCACCUUUUAAUGGCAACCAUGCCAUCAUCCAAUCACAGUCUCAGAUGCCUAAAACCAUCCUGAUUCCCAUCCCCAUCUCCAAGUCCACACCCCCCCGUUUCCGGAACAGCAUAGAGGGCCUCAACCAGGAGAUUGAACGCAUCAUCAUACGGGACACUGUCGAACGAGAUGAGAUUAUAAUACCACAGGAUGUUCCUGAUGGACACCGAGCGCCCCCUCCCCUUCCCCAGCGCAGCAGUAGCACCCGCAACAUUGACACACAGACGCCCUCAAAUGGUGGGCUUGGCAGUAACCGUAGCAACAGCAGCAGCCGAGCUGACUCUGUCUCACCCUCGUACCUUAGCAUCCUAAAUGACACGAUUGGAAACAGCCCGCUACCACACGAUGGCACGCUCAGUGAGAGUAAAGAAAGAGACCUGGGACCUUGGUCUCCUCUACCCAAAUAUGCUUCUUCUCCAAAGCCCAACAACAGCUAUAUGUUCAAACGUGAGCCUCCUGAAGGCUGUGAGAGAGUUAAAGUCUUUGAGGAAAAUCAGCCUAGGCCUCUCCAAGAGAUUCCUCCAUAUCUAUGCCCAGACAGGAACAAGGUGAACUUCAUUCCCAAAAGUGGCUCAGCUUUCUGCCUGGUGAGCAUCUUAAAGCCCCUGUUGCCCACCCAGGAGCUGAACUUCCGUAGCGGGAUGGGAUACCGCAGCAUUUCCCCCUCCUUGGUGCCUCUGGGUGGGGUUGGGGUCAGAAGCCUGUCCCCCUCCAUGGGUCCCGUCCUCUCCCGUGGACGUCAGUCACCAUGUCUCCCACGACACCUUGAGGAGCCAGAGGGUUAGAGUGCCAAGUGUUAAAGCAAAUGUUUUGGUCUUGUUUGGAACCUCAACUAGUGAACAGAGAUGGUGUAUUUCCCCAUUCUCCGGUAUCAUUUGACAGAAAUUGAUCUGAAACUUAAACCUGGAAGUGUUUUUGUAAUUAAAGGGUAAUGGUAUUACACGUCUGCUUACAUCAGAGGCAUUAAAAGGAUUUUCCACAAUGGUGUAUGUAUAUAUACAAAACAUUUUCAGCAUUGCACUGCUUUUUACUUUCUUAACAAUUUAUUGCAUUUUAUCAUGAAGCCUUUUGGAUGUAUAGAUGCAUCAUUUAACCUAGCUAAAUGUGAGUGAAUUGAUUUACUGGAUAAAUGGACAUGGAAGACAAAGGUCACAUUUUUGCUUGCUUAUAGUUUACAUGCGGUUUGAAUAAAGCUGAAGGAGCACACAGAAAUGUUGUAGCAAACUUGAAGAAUUAACAAAUGUGCCUGACUCCCACCACCUGUUUGCAUCCCAUUUGCUCACAGACCUUUUUCUAUGAUUGUCUAUAUGUUUGUCUCUCUCCUUAAAUGUAUAUAGUCCUCCCCCAUGUACAUAAUCCUGUAUGUACUUAAUGUGAUUUGCUGAUGAGAGAGUGCAUUCUAAUGGUACAUGGACUGGUCAUGAAUUAGGAGAAAGAGGAGACAAUGAUCAGUAUGUCUUCAGUAUUGGUCUAGGAACUAAAUUGAACAGGUAUUAUGAUGUGUUAAUGAUAAAUAUUAGUUUUACUGAAAAGUCUUGGUACUCAAAAAAGAGGGAAGCAUGGCUUUAGCUCAUAGUGAACAGAUAAUGAACUGAUUUGAACUGUAGCAUCUUUAUACUGUGAAAUAUUCCAUUAAUCAUCCCAUAAGGCUUCCUUUCUUCCUUAAUAGCGAUAAGAGUUGAGACAAGAAGGAAAACAGGCAAUCCUGGGACAAAUGUGUAAUUGCCUUACUGCUAAAGAAAAAUAGAUGAGUGUGUAAAUUAGACCGCUGUUAUUGUCAGGGGAAAUGUAUGGAUUUUGUUAGAAAUAC